UGCAAUGACCUGGAAAAGCCUGGGCAGUUCCUUCGACAUUUCGUCCAUUUACACGGUGAAAACAGGCGCCCGAAGCCCACCGGAGGAAGCCAAAGUGCAGGGCAAGGACUUGCCAUCCAAGACAGAUGUGGGUGUGGAACACAUUUUGGAUCCCAGCACGGGACUUGGAAUUAACUGGGCCAUCCUGGCGUGGCACUGGACCAUGGUCUUGGUCUUUUUGCUGACUUACUUCGUUUUGACCUUCUGGACCACUCCUAUGGAGGAAAAGUCCAACAUCCCAUGGUUGACGCUGUUUCAGAAGCUCAUCGUUUUGUGGAAUCUCUGGGAAGCUUUUUGGCUGGGUGUCAAGUCUGGGCCGCUGAGCGCCAAAGUGAAUCCACCAUUCCAGGACUGGUGGUAUCGAUUUACAGUUGGGUCCAUGAAGUACAAUGCUCCAUUCAUGCCUUGUUUGCCAAUGAAACGGAACUACCUGGAUAUCUUUGUCGAGGGUUUCCUGAUGUAUGCCCUGACCAUCCGUGUCCUUUGGGCGCAAGAAGUGACGCCAGAGCUGAUACAACCCUUGGCGGCAUGUUUGUUCUACGUUUGCUCUGGAUGGUGCAAGAUUGGACCUUGGUUCAAGUAUUUGAAUGUGAGCAACUUGUGGUCUGCAAAGUUCAUGGUGAGUGUACCGUGGUCAGACUGGUUUCGAAGAACUAUGUACAAAGGAUACAAAAGUGCAGAUGCUGAUUAUAGCCUGACGCGAGCUGCCAAAGUCUUCUCAGUGCUGUGUGCUUUCUGUGAAACCCUGGGAGCAUUGUUGGUGCUCUCCAACGAUCCCAUCAUUGUUCAAUGCGGCAUUUUCUUCAUUUGCGCGAUGCACCUCUACAUUAUCUCGACCCUGAUUAUUGAUGUGUUCACUUGGAACUUUGUGGAUGCUUUGAUGUAUUGUUACAUCUUCGGACUCUAUGGGCCCUCAGUAGGCGAGGCAAUGGGUUUCCAGUGGAGCCAACUCCCUCAGAUGCACCCUGUGAUCAUUGCGGUUCUGCUUGCCCAUGUUUCCUACAGCAUCUAUGGGAAUUUGGUCCCGACCCAUGUUCCGUUUGUGGUGGCUCACCGCCACGCUGCCGGCAAUUUCGCCACGGGCACGUUGUUGGUGAAGCACAGCGCCGCCGCGAAGCUCCGGAAGGUCGUGGCACAUAGCGGCUGCCAUGUGGUGAAGGGGGCCGCGCCCGGAUGGAUGGGAGAGUGGCGUGGAUUCCAUUCGUCGAUGGCCUACUUCUGGUUGUGGAAUAUGCCGCAUCGGAUGCUGCUUCCAUUGACCUACAGUCAGGUCAUGGGCAACGAGGAGUCGUACACCAUGUUGCACUCUGUCGCGGUCUUCGAUGCGCUGUGUGCGCAUCUCCGCUUCGACGGCCUUAGCAAUUUAGCCUUGGUGCGAGAACUGGGCAACGUGUGUGGCUUCGAGGAGGGCGAAUGCACGCUAUGCUGGGUUGGUGCAUUCCCUUCCUUUCCACAGCUUUGUAGCAGCAUGGCCAGCUGGAAGGUGGUGGAUAGCGUCAAAGGUGUAGUGCGAGAAGGAAGCUACACGGUGCAGGACGUGGAAGACCCUGCAUACAAGAAGCCGUCGGACUGCAAAAACAUCAGCCUCUUCCAAAAGCUGUCUCUCACGAAAGCUUUGGUGUUUUAAACGAUUUGGAGGUUUCCUAAAAUUGGGAUACCUCCAAAUCAUCCAAGUCAUUAGAUAAGACUAUUUUAGAUUGAAACCUAUAGUUUUAGGGAUCCCCCAUUUUCAGAACCCCCCAUGUGGCAUUUGUACAAAAAUGAAAACUUGCUGUUUUGUGACGCCGGGGAGUUUGCGCCUGGGGGUGCACGAACUCUCCUUAAAGGGCCACCAAACAACAUGUAGAGAUACACGUCACGACAGGCCCAGGACACUGGGCCUUUGCAGCUGACCAAAUGCAGAAAA